UCCCUCUGAGAGCCCUUUGCAGCCCUGGGCCAGGAAAUGGCUCCCAUGCCGCCAGUACCACCCCCAGUGCCUCCCGAAGGCAGCAAUGAUGACAGAAUGCAUCCCCCUGAGCCGCCGUCGCCGCACUACGGGCCAGGAUGGUACUCGCCUCCGUUGAGCCCGGCACCAUCUUUGUGUGGGGGAACUGACGUGCUGACCAUAUUCGACUGGGACGAUACACUGUGUGAGUGCGCAGAUCGUGUCUCUGUCGGUCUAUGGGAUGGAUCUGGAGGUGGUCUUGAAGUUCUUCUUUUCUUCUUCUUCUCUGUAUGUGUGUCGGAACGUGCAGUUCCGACCAACAUAGUAAAGGCGCUGAGGGUGGAGCAGCGGCGGGCACUGUACUACAAAGGCGGCAAGUGGACUUCCGACCUGCUCCUGGCCGCUGCGGCCAUCGGAGAGGUGGCUGUCAUCUCGAACGGGAACCCGAGCUGGUAACACACAUACACACAGCCAUCCACGCCAUCCACUUCUCGAGCACUCAUCCAGUCCUUCUAUCGUCUUUGUCCUCAGGCUCGAGGAGGCCGUGGGGCUUAAAGGCUACGAGGAGGUCCGGCGUGUGCUGCAGCAGCACACCAUCCCCGUCAUCUCCGCCCGCCAACACGCCCACAUCAACGGCCGGGGAAAGACGUCGUCGACCGGAUGGAAGGCAAACACAGACAGACAGACAGACAAAGGACGUCUGUAGGGAGGGAGGGCGCCGUCGUGUGUGUGUGAGCAGAUGUCAUGUGUAGCUGAUCUGUUGGCCGUGUACAAGGGGAAAGGGCUGCGGUUUGGCCGGGUGGUGACGAUCGGAGACUCGACGGUCGACAUGGCGGCCCUCGAGGCCAGCAGAGGGUGAGAUGUGCACACAUACCCACACCUACACCUACACCCACAUGUGUGACGUGACGUCUUGCCCUCCUCUGCAUUUGCGUUUUGUUGUUGCAGUGUGUUGCCGGGGGCGUCGUUGGUCAAAGUCCUGCUGGUGGAGAAGCCGUCCGAGAGCACUCUGAUGCUCGUCGGACACACACCCAUUAUAGCUCAUCUCUCCCUCCGCCCAUCCUUGUGUAUCUCGAGCUGCUGUCUGUUCUUGGCUGAAUGGCAGGAACACGACCGCCUGAUAAAGAGCAUGCCGACGCUGGUGGAGACCCGUUGUGAGAACUUCGAAAUGGAGGUCUGUCGCACUGCACACGAAUAUAUACACAGACAGACACAGUGUGAUGACCCAAUCGCCUGGCCCAUCUCUUUGUCUGUCUGUGUCCUUGUGUUUUACAUAUCGCUCUUCAUUCAGUUGGUCAAGGCCCACCGUGAGCAGGCAUACUUUUCCGACGCCGUCCUCACAUCGUUCCCGGGCCCAGAAGGCCACAACUCGUAAGUACAUACCCACACCGUACCCAACAACACAUCAACCAACCGAUACACACACGAUUUCCCGUCUGUCUGUCUGACCUGCCUGGUCGUGUCGUCUGUGUCUUGUCUCCCCCAUGCGUCCGUCACAGAUACAUCGAUGUGGAGGAGGACGUCAGCACGGUGGAACCCUCAGAGGACCCGAUGUGCAUACUCAAGUGCAUGGCCGAGGUGGGCCUUACACAGCAGCAGCAGGUGGCGAGUGGUCAGCAGCAGGCGGCGAGUGGUCAGCAGCAGCACCUGUCGACGGCCUAGGAGAGUCCACCGGGUGGACCUGUGUGGUGUUGUUUAGUGUGCUGCUGGUUGGUUGCUGGAUGGGUGAGGGUGCUGUGUGGCCCUCUGCCACAAACACAUCCCAGCGUGUGUGUGAUUUGACGACCUGGUCAGUGCAGCUGUGUUGAGAGACAUCACUUGACGGAUGGAUGGCUUCUACACGUGAUGGAGGGAG